AUGGGCGGAGGCGGAGGGGGUGCCUUCACGCCGAGGACGGACGACCAGCUCGACCUCGUCCCCGCCGGCGCGGACGCCGCGGUCGCGAUAGGAUCCGGAUGCAUGGCCGCGGCGUCCGUCGCUCCCUUUCUCAUGUGCGUCGACCGCGCGGUCACCGCCGCCGCGGCCGGCCAGACGUCCUCCGUGUGGCGAGGCAUCGUCGACAACGUCUCGGAGUUUGUGAGGCAACCUCACCGCGCGCUGCGUCAGCCCGCCCUCUGGAUGGUCGCCGGCGUAUACGCGGGCACGUACGCGGCGGCUAACCUCAGCGACGUCGUCGGCGAGCGCGCGCACGCCUCCGCAAACUCCAAGGCGGCCGGCAAGUUCACCGCCACCACCGGCGCCAACAUGCUCGGCGGCAUCGCCAAGGAUGCCGCCUUUGCCAGAAUGUUCGGCGCCCCCGCCGCCGGCGCCGGGCUCGUCGUUCCCUUCGCGUCCUACGGACUCUUCGCCACGCGCGAUGCGCUCACCGUGGGCGGCGCGUUCUUCCUCCCAAACGCCCUCUCCAACGCCCUCGUCGCCAGCGGACAGAGCAAGGACGAAUCCACCGCGAGCGCCGUAGCGCAGCUCGUGUCCCCGCCCCUGAUGCAGGUGGUGUGCACGCCGCUGCACCUGCUCGCGCUCAACAUGGUCAACGCGCCGGUGGCCACCCCCAUGUCACGGCUGGGCACGCUCGCAUCGUCCGUCACCCCCGCGCUCAUCGCCAGGUCGCUUCGGAUGCUCCCCGCGUACGGCGUCGGCGGCUUGCUCAAUUCCGCGCUGACGCGACGCGGCCGAGAGCUGGCGCUUCAGUACGCCGACGCGGGCGCAUUUGACGAGGACGAGGAGCUAAUCGUGGACUACGCCGCCGUGGAGGACUUGGAGGGUAUGUUUGGCGACGACAGGGGCGAGAACAUCCUCCACACCUUCUCCCGGGCGCUUUACGGCGACCUUCACCCGCAGACGCUGGCGGAGGAUAUCGAGUUUGACGAGGCUUUGUGGACGUUUCGCUGGGAACGGCUCAUCCAGUCGUCGGUGUCGCACCAGCUCGCGGAGAUGGGCGGCGACACCGUGGGCGGCUGCGUGGUGGUGGGCGGCGACGCGGACGUGGACGCGGAGGUGGACGCGUUCGUGGACAGGGCGGAUACCACGCGCGACGGCAAGCUCAGCGUGAAGGAGCUCGAGGAGCUCCUGCAGAGGGAGAAAGCCGCGGGGGUUGGGUGGGCCGCGGCGGCGCUCGCGUGGAAGGACGAGAGCAAGACCCACAGGCGGUCGAUAUGGAGCUCGUCGCUCGCGAGCCCGGAGCCCGUCAGCCUCACCGCGCAGGCUGUCGCGGAGGGGCUGAUGAAGGCGGCGGAUGAGGACAAGGACGGGUACGUGUCAGCCGCGGAUAUCAAGUCGUUGCUGCACAGGCGCGUGAAGGAGGGCGAGAAGGGCGCGGGAAAGAAGGCCAGGCUGAGACGGAGCGGGAGCAAGAGGGACGUUGCCAACCUGGCGGGCGCGGGGGGAUGA